AUGUCAUCCGCAUUUCACAUUCAUAUUGGAGGAGCUGGAAUCAUGAUGGGGGACAUGUUAUGGAGGCUUUAUGAAAAAGAGCAUAAUGAAACAACAUUGAAGUCUUAUGUUUAUUAAUAAGUUGAUGGACAUUCUCAUCCAUUAACACUAUUUGCAGAUUUAGAUGACAGAAUGAUUUAGGAGGUUUAAAGGAAUAAAUAAAUACAAUUUAAAAAAAAUUCCUUUCUGUAUGGGAAGGAAGAUGCAUCAAAUGUAUUUUCUAGAGGUUGUUAUACAACUGGCAAAGAUAUUAUUUAUGAAGGAUUAGAUUAAAUUAGAAAGUAAGUAGAAACGAUGGAUCGAUUAGAUUAGUUUGUGAUUACUACUUCUAUAAUGGGAGGAACAGGAUCUGGAUUUUCCUCAUUAUUGUUAGACAGAUUAGGGAUGGAUUAUGGAAAUAAGUUAAAAAAAAAUGGUUUUAUCAUAUUUCCAUCAUUGGGGAUGUCAAAUAAUAUACUUGGAAUCUAUAAUGCAAUGUUUUCCAUUUAUAUGACGAGAAAUUAUUUUCAUAGUAUUACAAUGUUUGAUAAUUAAUCAAUGUACAAUGUAAUUGAUUAGUAAUUAGAUUUAGAUUAUGUGGAUUACUCCCAUCUAAACAACUUGGUUGCAUAAACAAUCAGUUCAUACACUGGUUUAAAAAGAUUUAACAAUAUUGACAAUUCAAAAUUCUUUUCAAGCUUGUGCCCAUAUCCUAAUUUGCAUUAUUUUGUUCCCUCAUAUGGUAAAAUGACUUUGAUUAAUGAUUACACUAGAUAAGAAUAAAGUCAAAAUGAAUUUAUUAAAUAUCUCACCAAAAAAGAGAAUAAGCUUUACUAAUCUCCUAACAACCCUCAACAUCUUUCUACAACACUUUUGUUUAGAUAAAAAGAACCGAACCAUUUUUAUGGAAAAUUCAAUUAAACUCUUUAAAAUUUAACCCAUGUAUAUCAUCAAAGUCCUAGAAUUUUUCAAUGCAAUUCCUCUAAUUAUCAAGUAUUAUCCGAGUUUGCAUAAAUGAAACAAACGGGAGUGUUUUUCUCGAACGAUGCUUCAAUUAUUAAUAGAUUUAAAACUUUAGGAUAGGAUUUCGAUAAAAUGUAUGUAAAAAGGGCUUUUGUAUGGUGCUACGUUCGUGAGGGCCUCGAAGAAUGUGAAUUUAGCGAGGGAAGAGAAGCAUUGGCCGAAUUAACGAGUGAAUAUAGUGAAGUUAUAAAGGAGGAUGCUCCUCAAAAUGACUUUGAAAUUGAUAAUGAAUGA